AUUUAUGUAGACCGCCUUGCAGUGGAAAUGGUAAACAAAUGUACCACGUGUCCCGACGACUCACCUACAGUUAAAGCCAUUCUGCUUACUGAAAAUCUGACAGUGGGAGAUCCAAUGCGAAUCUAGAUGUAUACGGUCUAAGAAAUCCUUGCAGAGGCCCAGAACGGAUAUAUAUUUAUUGUUGAAUAAUUACUAUGGUGCAUUGUGUAGUACUGUUAUUGAAUACUAAGUAACCCAGAGAUUAAUUGAAAAUGACAGUACGUGAAAUUCUCACUCUUCAGUUUGGACAUUAUUCCAAUUUCAUUGGGACACAUUGGUGGAACAUACAGGAAUGUAAUUUCUCAUAUGAUCCAGACAAUCCAACUGAAAUAAAUCACGAUGUCUUAUACAGGGAAGGAGAAUCUCCUAAGAGAGAAGUUACAUAUACACCAAGACUCCUAACAGUGGACCUGAAUGGAACACUUGGUUAUUUAAACGAAAGAGGUGACUUAUAUGAUUCAGCACAGCAAACGGGUGAACCUUUCCCAUUAUGGGAAUCUGAAAAUAUUGAUGUAACGAAAGAAUCUGCUCCAGUUAAACCUCCAUUUAUACAAAGCCUUGAUCAAUCUUCUAAAAACACAGAGCCAUCACCUUUUAAUUUAGAACAAGAUGUCAAUGUUUGGACGGAUUUCUUAGUGCCCAGAUUUCACCCCCGUACGAUAAACAUAAUUAAAGGAUAUAAACAUGAAUGUUCCGUUCAACCGUUUGAUAUAUUUAACUAUGGACAAAAUAUAUGGAAAACUACACAGUUUAAUGAGGAUUUUUCAGAUAGGAUAAGAGCAUAUGUAGAAGAGUGUGAUUUAAUGCAAGGAUUUCAUGUCAUAAUGGAUUCUACCAAUGGCUUUGGAGGCCUUGGUACAUCAUGCAUUGAACAUUUACGCGAUGAAUAUGGCAAAAGUAUUUUGGCAUUUCCAGUAAUCGAUAGCAGAAAUGCGGAGCCAUCUGCAUCUGAUUUGGUUAAAGUUAUUAACAUUGCACUAUCCUGGCAGCACACUGGUGAAUAUGCAUCGUUGUUUAGUCCACUUUGUGCAGGAGAUAAAGGUUGGCUACAGGCAGGCAAUCCACGACAUUUUAAUAACUUGAAUUAUGAUUUAAACUUAAAGUAUCACAGCAGUGCAUUACUAGCAACAGCUUUGGACACAUUAACUUUAAGAUACAGGCAGAAAGAGUACCCUCUGUCAUCUCUAUCGGACUUGUGUGCAGAUUUAAACAAAAUGGGACGAAAGGCUGCGGCGACUAGCCUGACUUUGCCAUUUCCAAUGACAGCAAAAAGAGAUUUCAUUGAUGUUCUGGAUGAUUUUGAAGGGUCUAUGUGGACAAGUAUUACACCAAGCUGUGAAAUCUCCACAGAUAGACAUAUGCGAAGUUUAGCUUUGAGAGGUAUACCAGAAGAAAGACUUAAGAGACCAUUACAUGAUGCAAGAAGACAAAUGGCAAAACCAGCUUAUAGAUGUUCGACCGUUCAUGAAAUGAUGAGUCUUUAUUUAGCUUAUACUUCUCACGCCUCAGCUACACAUUUGACAACUAUUAAAGCUGGUUUAAAAAUCAAAGUACCAUAUCCAGCGAUUUUUAAUAAUAAUGUGCAUGGAAACGGAGAUAUUGCUGCGUGGCCUGUUGGAGAAACUGUCAAGUCUGUUCCCGUCAUGGCUGGGUUACACAGCGGAGACUGUAUUUCUGGAAUGUUCGAGUCGCUUCAUACUCAAGCGAGUCGAGUGAAGACGAUCAAGAGGUUUCAUGCUUUUCAAGAUUCAGGUCUCGAAGAAGAUGAAUUUAAACAAUGCUUACAUCAUCUAUUAGAUUCAAAGGAAGCUUACGAAGAUCAUUAUAUUUAAUUUUUGUUUGAGCGCAUCCAUACACAUAUGUGGAAAAUGUUGGAACAAACUAUGGACACAUAUGCAUUAUUGUCGAAGGAUGAACGAAUAAUUCAUUCUUGGCAAUUGCUAGCGAGGAUCAUAUAUUGUCUAUACCGUUUGCUCAUCUCUAGAUUACUCCGCACUCGAAACAUUAAUGCACCUGCUCGUAUUUUGAAAUGAAGUCACAGUUACAUUUUAAAAAAUUGCAUGGACAUUUAACGCAUGUAAUUGUACUAUAUCAUAUGCCAGCCGAUUUUUUACUAAACGGAGUUCCCAAGAA